GUUGGUUUGGUCAGUCAUGUUCUUCCAUUGCCAACUUACCUAACAUUCAGCCGUACUAGAAGUGUGCCAAAGGGGUAUAUCAAGGAGAGCAAGGCGACAAUCCAUACAUAACCAGCAUGGUCUGUGUCGGUGAUGCGCGAGAAGUAGUAAGUACCUGGCGGUAGAGGAGCACCGUUGACCGUCGUCAGAUUAGCGGCCAUGUGUGCAUGUUACAGCGGUUAUAAAUCAGGUUCAAAAAAGAGCGACAAAGAAGCAUUACCAAAUGACCGCAAGGUGCGCAUGUCACUACAUAUCCUCUUUAUUUGGGGUCACUCUAUUCCCUCAGGGCUCAUGCUUCCUGCUCACGUUAUCAUCGAUGGAGAAAGCCAUCAGAGAUUGCUGCUCGGCUUAUUGGUCUUCACGAGGCAGAGUCUUGGAAAGACCCUGGACCUGCUCGUGGCUGUGGCUGAGAAUCCUGCCGGGUGCAUGAUUGGGCUUGCUUCCGGAUCAGCCUGGAAGGAGCACGCAACCGACAUGCUCGGUUGACUUGUUUCGCAUGCCGAACAGUGCGGAUGUUGGUAAGGCCAAGAGGGUGUACGAGCGUGCUCAUGCUUAGCCGCGCCUUGUGAGGUGAUCGACUGGGCAGUUCAUGGCGUCUGCAGGUGAGAUGAAA